UAAUGAUGGAAAAGAUAAAACAACAAAAUCAACACAAACAUUAUUAACUUCUGUUGGUAAUUAUUUUGAUGAGAAUGGUGUUUUAAUUUAUGAUCGAUUAACCGAUGAUUUAAAAAAAUUGUAUGAUCAAGCACGAUCGAAUGCACGUAAAGUUAAAUAA